ACGAUUUGCGAUUACUUCCAAAUUUCAGUCAUAAUCCUUAUCCUCCCCAACAAAAAUACAACACUUGUUCUCUUCCCAUCCCAUGUGAAGUACACAAUACGACCAAGAAUAUAAAAAUGUCCAAAAGCUCUCUUCCUGAAUCUUUCGACCCGGACCUCCGCUCGCCGCUGCUCCCCCUAGAUCCCGAUGACGGCGGCAGCAAACCCGAGGAGAGAUUAUGCAUGGACGACAUGCUGAGGAAGUACUGCGGCGAGUUCGGGUGGUGGCAGAUGAGGCACUUUGUACUUACCAGCAUGGCAUGGGCGCUCGAGGCUUUCCACACCAUGGUCGUCAUAUUCGCCGACCGUGAGCCCGUCUGGCGAUGCUUGGAUGAUGGAUGCUCCGCCGGGGUGAUCAGGAGCGUGUGCGAGCUGGAGCCCGGUUCUUGGGAGUGGAUCGGCGGGCCGGGGAGUUCGACGGUGGCGGAGUUCGGAUUGAUUUGUUCGGAGAAAUAUAAGGUGGGGUUGGUGCAGGCCUUGUUCUUCGGCGGCUGCAUGAUAGGUGCUGGAGUAUUUGGGCACCUCUCAGACUCAAAAUUGGGGAGAAAGGGUUCUCUGAUAGUGGUAUGCACCUUGAACGCCAUCUUUGGUUGUCUAACGGCAGUUUCUCCAGAUUACUGGACCUAUGCCCUCUUCCGCCUCCUGACUGGCUUCAGCACUGGUGGAGUUGGCCUCUGUGCUUUCGUCCUUGCAACGGAGCCCAUCGGCCCCACGAAGCGUGGAAUUGCGGGGAUGUCGACGUUCUACUUCUUCUCAGGCGGAAUAGCUGUGCUUUCUGGUAUAGCUUAUUUUUUCAGGUCCUGGCGAGCACUCUAUAUUGCCACUUCAAUUCCGUCCAUUCUCUUCCUCCUCUUCAUACUGCCUUUUGUUUCCGAGUCCCCCAGAUGGUGCCUCAUCAGGGGAAAGAUCGGCCGCACCAUGAAAACCAUGCACAGCAUUGCCAAAGCCAAUGGAAAAACACUUCCCGACAGCGUCUUCCUUGCCCUGGAUGAUGACACAAAUGAAACGUCAGAGAAAUCCCAAACCAAUGAUUCUAAAACAGAAGAGGAGUCAAAAGAGGCCAUAACAGGAUCCCUACUGGACGUGCUUCGUUCGCCACUCACACGUAUCCGUUUGGUUCUGGCAGUGGCUAUUAACUUCUUCUGUUCUGUUGUCUACUACGGCCUGAGUUUGAAUGUGGUGAACCUCGGAACGAAUCUUUACCUCAAUGUCUUCCUGAAUGCAGUAGCUGAGAUGCCUGCCUUUCUGCUAACCGCAAUCCUGAUUGACAAGUUCGGCAGAAAGCCGUUAACCAUUGGCACGCAAUGGUUCAGUGGGGUUUUUUGUGUUGUGGGAGGUCUGUUGAAGGUGUAUGGAACAUGGAAGACGAUUCGGACGGUAUGUAGCAUUUUGGGGAUAUUUGGCAUGGCUGGGACUUACAAUCUGUUGUUUAUUUAUACAGUAGAGCUGUUUCCUACAGUUGUUAGGAACGCAGCGUUAGGGUCUGCAACUCAGGCAGCGCAGUUGGGGGCAAUACUGGCGCCGCUGGUGGUGGUUCUAGGAGAAAGAAUACCAUUUUUGGUAUUUGGAGUUUGUGGGAUUGCAGGGGGGAUUCUGGCAUUUUUCCUGCCAGAGACUUUAAACAGGCCGUUAUAUGAUACAAUGGCCGGAAUGGCAGAGGGGGAGGGAGAGAGCGAGUCAAUUACUGCUUAAAAGUUAAAUCAGUGGGACAUUUCCCCUUUAGUUGUCACCGCGAGAACUGAAUUUUUUAAAAAUUACAACACUAUGUUUGUUUUUAUUUUAAGUGGAUAUGCACUAGAAUCUCUCACCAAAUAAUCCACAAAGGUAGUUCAUUUUUAAAA